CUUCAUGAAAAGUCAGUAUCGUAAAAGCUAUUGCACGAUUCGGAGUGAUCGACUUCCGAUCCGAAACACGAACACGUGAGAGCUGUUUAUUUAACGCGCAAUCGAGAGGGUAAAAUAUCUAUACCGUAGACUAUCAAUCGUAUGGUAUCAUGAAUGGUUUUAUGCGGGACAAUAAGGAAAUGAAUUAUUCGACCAGAUAUGCAACAGCUAGUGAGACUGGAUUUGAUGGACCUGAUCAGGUAUUGGCCUCGGACAUAGAUACCACAUGUGAAGCUAACGGCAGAACUCGAAUAAAGUUAGAUAGCAAUGGGUAUAAUGCAUCCUUGCCCGUAUCAAUUCCUAGCGUUCUCAUGAAAACAGCAAAUCUUUAUCCUGAUCACAUUGCUUUAGUAUCUGCACCGGACAUCAGCGGCAAAAGGACCAUGUAUACUUAUCAAGAAUAUGAAGAGAAUGUAAGAAUUGUAGCUAAAGCAUUUUUAAAACUAGGUUUGGAGCGUUUUCACAGUGUCUGUAUAUUGGGAUUCAAUAAUCCACGAUGGUUCAUUGCCGAUCUCGCGGCUAUAUAUGCUGGUGGGUUUGCUACAGGAAUUUAUACGACAAACUCUCCGGAAGCGUGCCAAUAUUGCGCUGAACAUAGUCAAGCAAAUAUAAUAGUCGUUGAAGAUCAGAAACAAUUGGAAAAAAUCUUGCAAAUAAAAUGCAACUUGCCAAAUUUAAAAGCGAUCAUUCAAUAUGAAGGCAUACCUGUCGAAGAGAACGUUUUAAGCUGGGAUGAUUUAUUGGAAAUGGGUAAAAAGGAAUCCGAUGAUAAAUUAUUGUCUGUGUUAAAAACGAUCGGAGUAAAUGAAUGUUGUACUUUAGUGUAUACGUCAGGAACAGUUGGAAAUCCAAAAGCUGUAAUGUUGAGCCAUGACAAUCUCAUACAUGACGCACGAUUGCUACAUUAUGCGAUACAAAUAACUGAAAAGUCGGAAACUAUAAUUAGCUACCUGCCGUUAUCUCAUGUUGCGGCGCAGCUAUGUGACAUUAUGUUGAGUAUAUACAUGGCAGCUACGGUGUACUUUGCGGACAAGAACGCGCUCAAGGGUUCGUUAUUGGAUACAUUAGUUGUGGCGCAACCGACUGUCUUCUUAGGAGUACCUCGAAUAUGGGAGAAGAUAUAUGAGAAGAUGCAAGAAAAGGCGCGUAGCAACGGCGUGAUAAAAACCUGGAUUGCUAAAUGGGCGAAAACGCAAGGGCUCCAUUAUCACACGAAUAAAAUGAAUGGCACGGACUACAAACACUGGGGCUACACUCUUGCAAAGUGGCUUGUUUUUGACAAAGUAAAAGCAGCACUGGGUUUAAAUAAAUGCAAAAUAUUUGCUACCGCAGCAGCACCUUUAAGUAUGGACGUUAAAACGUAUUUCAUGAGUUUAGAUAUACCUAUAAUAGAUGCAUAUGGAAUGUCUGAAUGUAGCGGCAGUCAUUCAAUAAUUACCUAUAAACAGUACAAGCUGCAAGGUGUGGGACAGCCUUUGCCUGGAGUAUAUACCAAAUUAGAUAAUAUAGAUGAAAAUGGUGAGGGAGAAGUUUGCAUGGCUGGACGGCACGUGUUUAUGGGUUAUUUAAAUGCACCGGAGAAAACCGCAGAAGCUAAAGACAAAGAUGGAUGGUUACACAGUGGUGAUCUCGGUAAAAUCGAUUCAGAUGGAAUCCUGUACAUUACCGGUAGGAUAAAAGAACUUAUAAUCACAAGUGGAGGAGAGAACAUAGCGCCUUACAACAUAGAGCAAGCAAUACUAACAGAAUUACCCGUGUUAAGUAAUGCCAUGCUAAUUGGGGAUAAAAGGAAAUAUUUAACAGUCCUUGUAACGCUUAAGAGUGACAUGAAUACUGAAACCGGUGGACCUUUGGAUACGUUAAACCCAGAUACGUUAAGAUGGGCAAAGUCUAUUGGCAGUAAGGCUAAAACAGUUACAGAGGUCAUACAGUCCCGUGAUCCACUCAUAUAUGAGGAAAUCGAUAACGCAAUCAAGAGAGCAAACACACAUGCUACGAGUAAUGCUCAAAAGGUACAAAAAUUCGAAAUUCUCCCACAUGAUUUUUCAAUUCCAACUGGUGAAUUAGGACCUACGUUGAAGCUCAAAAAGAAUGUAGUUGCAAAGAUGUACGCUGAUUUGAUAGAUAAACUGUAUGAAUGAAAUUUACAUACCAGUACUGCAACAUAAAGCAUCAAUAACUAAAAAAACUUUUCCACAAACGUAAAUCAAAUAAAUCACAUGUGAAACCUGCGACAAUAUUUUUUAUACGUAAAAUCUGAUAUAUUUAAGAUAUUAUCCUAGAAAGAUAAUACAUUAUUUCGAAUUCAUUUUUACUGAAAUGACUAAACUUAAGUUGAAAAAAUAAACGGCCUCAAUGUUAUAUAUAAUAUUAUAAUUGUAAGAUAUUAUAUUACAGUCAAUAUUAUAAUU